GUCUAGACGUAGACGAAGAAAUGUUUGUGUACAUGUGAUAUAAAACAACUUUUGAAAUUAAGAAACCUCAUUCAUUUAUGUGUCAUUAAUUCGGCGCAACAACAUCAUUAUCAUGGAUCGCGUAUGAUUUUAAUCUUUAUACAAUUAUUGUAAAAGUAAACGACCGGGUCACUUUGUUUAUAACUAACGUUAGUGCUUGUCAGAUUUGACUGAAUAAUGUUUAAGACGCUGUCAUAUGCUGUUUUAGACUUUGAACCCAAAACGCAUCCAAUAAACUCCCUGUAAGAGCUUGAAAUAAGCAAAAACAAAAAAAGGGAAGAUUUGACAUUCAGAAGGUCUCAUAAUACCUGUACCAAACUUUCACAAUGCCAGCCAUGAAGAACAGCAGUGUGAAAAGACCAAAGCUGGACUGGAGGUUUCUGCAAAGGUUCUGCAGCAUUCUGAAGAUCCUCUUCCCAUCCUGGUCCAACCUGAGUGUGCGGAUGUUCAUGACGCUUCUUGGAGUCACACUUUCAGUCCAGCUUGUGAUUUAUCAAGUGGGUCUUAUUCCGAGUCAGUUCUACGAGGUUCUGUCUGAGAAGAGCUAUGGGAAGUUCAAAGAUCUGGUGGUGUUUGCGGUUCUGCUCAUCCUGGUUAAUUCAACCCUGAAGAGUCUAGACCAGUACAUCUCCAGUCUGCUGUAUGUCAGCUGGAGAAAGUCUUUAACUGAAGAAAUCCAUAACACAUACUUCAAGCGACGCGUUUACUACACCCUCAACAUACUGUGCAAAGACAUCGACAACCCAGACCAGCGCAUCAGUCAGGAUGUAGAGAGGUUAUGUAAGCAGAUGAGCACUAUGGCGAGUCGACUUCUCAUCUCUCCGUUCACUGUGACCUACUACAGCUAUCAGUGCUUCAACAGUGCGGGCUGGAUUGGAUUUGUUAGCAUCUUCGGCUACUUUGUGGCUGGAACCAUCGUCAACAAGAUCUUGAUAGGACCCAUCGUGUCCAUGCUGGUUGAGCAAGAAAAGCUGGAGGGAGAUUUUAGGUUUAAACACAUGCAAAUAAGAGUGAGCGCAGAAUCUGCCGCCUUCUACAGGGCAGGGAAGGUGGAACACAUGCGGACCGACCAAAGGCUGCAGAUGCUCUUAUCCACUCAGAGAAGCCUGAUGAACAAAGAGCUCUGGCUUUACAUUGGGGUAAACACCUUUGACUAUCUGGGCAGUAUCCUCAGCUAUAUAGUCAUCGCGAUCCCCAUCUUUGCUGGACAUUAUGACGGCCUGACACCUGGAGAACUGAGUGCUCUUGUCAGCAAGAAUGCUUUCGUCUGUAUCUAUCUGAUAAACUGCUUCACCCAGCUCAUAGAUCUCUCAACCACCGUGUCUGAUGUCGCUGGAUACACGCACAGAAUUGGAGAAUUGCGGGAAGCGAUGGCAGACAUUGCCAAGAAACAGUGUGACUAUGAGCGGUAUGAUCCGCUGUCAAAGGAUGAAUCUGACAGUGAUCGAGAGCUUCAAAGUGUCCCAGCAGACACGGCGUUUGUUCUGGAUCGUCUCUCCUAUAAAUCACCCAGAUCAGAGGAGCUGCUGGUGAAGGAUCUGACCCUAGAGAUUAGUCAAGGAAUGCACCUGCUCGUGGUGGGAAACACGGGAACAGGGAAGACCUCCCUACUGAGGGUCCUCAACGGCCUGUGGGAACCAUGCAGUGGUUCUGUGGAGAUGACCACGUGUUUUGGGCCGAGGGGUUUGCUCUUCCUGCCACAGAAAGCAUAUCUUACUGAUGGCACUCUCAGAGAACAGGUUAUCUAUCCAUUAAAUGAUAUAUAUCCUUCCUCAGGGUCUAUAGAUGAUGAAAGAAUAUUAAAAUACCUGGAACUUGUUGGUUUGUCGAAUCUUCUUACCAGAAUCGGAGGAUUGGAUACACAAGUGAACUGGAACUGGUAUGAUGUUUUAUCACCAGGAGAAAUGCAGAGGCUUUGCUUUGCUAGACUGUUUUACUUGCAGCCCAAAUAUGCAGUACUGGAUGAGGCCACGAGCGCUCUGACGGAGGAGGCCGAGGGUCAGCUCUAUAAGGCCUGUAAGCAGCUGGGAAUGACCCUCAUCAGUCUGGGUCACCGAAGCACUCUGGAAAAGCAUCAUGAUGUCAUGCUGCGACUGUGUGGAGGUGGCCAAUGGGAGCUCACCAAACUCAGAGAGGCGUGAAACUUCAGACUUACACUAUAAUGAGAAGAUAUUGAGAAAUCUAUGUUGUAAUGUUUACUUGACCGUAUACUGUCUUUGU